GUAAAUACGAGUUGACUUGGCCCCGUGACUCCACCACCGGUUGUUUACGUCGGGCCAAAAAAACCUGCGCACUUGUCACCAACCGCACACCCCGCGGCCAACGCAAGUGGGAAGGAUCUCACCAAACCGGCUCGGAAGACACCCAGAUCUUUCCUCUAGACUAUACAAUACAGCAGAAGGUGUAUACAGGAAUAUAGCCGGCAAUAUCGCAGGCGAACGUCAGAUACGUCGUGGAAUAUCCCCACUACCCGGAAGUGCUAGCCGCAGGUAGAAAGGUAAGACAUGUGGAAGAUAUUGACAUCAAGUUCCCGAGUUCUCUGGGAGAAGGGCUUGCCCGACUUGCAGAAGCUGACAGCUGCAGUACCGGCAGUUAUCGCAAGAUGUCAGCAUUCCGAGACAGGCCAUGGGCCAGGGCCAACACCAGUAGGGAGUCUUGGUUCCUCCCAUGGUUACACCGGCACCACACAGGACAUGCACUCCCCCUCCGGUGGUCGCAGGCCGCCGUACCUGGACACCCACAACCCCGCCCCGGUCAGGAAACAGCACAUGGACGCUUCCCAGUACCAGCAGCUACCGCUGAUUGACGAACUCAUGCCCCGGCUGGUCGAGAGACCGAACGGACAGAAGGUCCAGCCGACCUUCUCGGUGGAGGAACUCCAGAGGAGACUCAACCUGCUGCGCACCUUCAUGAUCACCAGCAGAAUAGACGCCGUCCUCUUCACGUCCUACCAUAACAUCAACUACUACAGCGACUUUCUGUACUGCGCCUUCGGCAGGACCUACGGACUGGUCGUCACCAUGGACAAAGUGCUCUCCAUAUCCGCAGCUAUCGAUGGCGGACAACCCUGGAGAAGGACGCAGAUCGGCGACAACGUCGUCUACACCGACUGGCAGCGCGACAACUUCUACCAGGCGGUCCAAGUUGAGCUGGCGGGGCGAGGCCUCAUGACGCUGGGCGUGGAGUUCGACCACAUGACGCUGGACGGCUUCACCAAGCUGAACCUUGCCGUGCCCGACAUGCAGAAGACGGACAUCGGGAAGGCCACCAUGCGCCUGCGCAUGAAGAAGUCCGACGAGGAGAUUGCUCUCAUCAGAGAAGGCGCCCGUAUUGCUGACCUGGGCGGCUGGGCUGUAGUGGAGGCGCUAGAAGAGGGCGUGCCUGAGUACGAGCUGGCGAUCCACGCUGCCAACGCCAUGACGAGGGAAGUGGCCAGGACCUACCCGCACGGCGAACUCAUGAAUACUUGGGCCUGGAUCCAGUCAGGGAUCAACACUGACGGGGCACACAACCCUGUGACGUCACGGCGCGUGCGCAGUGGGGACAUCCUGUCACUGAACACCUUCCCAAUGAUUUCUGGGUACUACACCGCCCUGGAGAGGACCAUGUUCCUGAACCACGCCUCAGACGCUCACCUCGCUCUCUGGGAGAUCAACUGUCAGGUCCACCGGCGGGGCCUGGAGCUGAUCCGGCCGGGAGCGCGCUGCUGUGACAUCGCCACCGAGCUGAACGAGAUGUACCGGCAACACGGGCUGCUGCAGUACCGCAGCUUCGGCUACGGACACUCCUUCGGAUCUCUGUGUCAUUACUACGGCAGGGAAGCAGAGCUGGAGCUGCGAGAGGACAUCCCGACCGUUCUCGAGCCCGGGAUGGUCAUCUCCAUGGAGCCGAUGAUCAUGAUCCCCGAGGGCAUGCCGGGAUCGGGCGGGUACCGGGAGCACGACAUCCUGGUGGUGACGGAGGACGGGGCGGAGGACAUCACAGGCUUCCCGUUCGGUCCUGAGGACAACAUCAUUAAGACAUAGCCACGUCCUUGUAAGGCAUCAACAACGUCAUUAUAAGAACGACGUACCAGGCCUCCGGACGUUAUGAGACAUCAGCAAGACGACAUCACGCCAAUGAAACAUCAAAAGUGAAGCAAAGUUUAAACUGCGCAAUUAGAAGUACUUAGCCAGGUGCUUACAAAACAUGUUACGAAAAUGUCGUCGUCUCACAGUAAACGUCAUUAUCAAGGCAAUUCCUUUUAAAUUUAAGCCAGACAUUGCUUCCGGUGCACCAGGGUGAUGUUGGUACUUCCCAUACAGUGGUGCUUUUUUUACUUUUAGUACAUUUGCCAACUACUGCUAUUAUUCUGGUAUUUGUACUCACGUGAUUAUGACGUAAGCGUUGUCCGCCAUGUUGGAUGAUUACACCUGGAAGUCGGAAGCUGGGUAAAUCUUCAUUUGCAUUGUGUAAACCUAGUCAUUAUAAGCGUUCGGAUUUAACUAUAGGUCUGGCUCAAGAUUCCAGCCAACCAGAAUACGACAUCGUGUACUUAAUUAAGUCUACCGGCCACCAUUUUGUACAACACGCGUAUACACAAUAAAUUUAAUGGCAGACCAGGUCAUA